AUGGUGUCAAACGCUUAUGCCGUGGCCCUCUGCGUCUUCUCUUGGCUCCACUGUGCGUCUUCCUCCUAUGUAGGUUUCUCCAACUUUUCAUUGGACAACGAAGUGCACUCCAGCUUCAUCCAGAGGAGGCUACGGAGCCAGGAGCGCCGAGAGAUCCAGCGGGAGAUCCUUUCCAUCCUGGGUUUACCUCACCGCCCUCGACCCCUUGUCCACACCAAACAAAACGCAGCGCCCAUGUUCAUGUUGGAUCUCUAUAAUACCAUCUCCACGGACCUCCACGCGACCAGACUCGAUUACAAUAAACCUGCAGCGACCCUGGCUCCCCCAGCGCUCUCUCUACAAGAUAGCCACUUUCUGGAUGAGGCAGACACAGUUAUGAGUUUUGUCAAUACGGUAGAACACAACGAUCGUCACUACCAGCAGCAGCUUCAGAGAGAGUUCAAAUUUGACUUGUCCCGAAUUCCAGAGGGAGAAGCCAUCACCGCUGCAGAAUUCCGAGUCUAUAAGGAUUUUAUUCAUGAACAACAUGAAAAUGAAACUUUCAUUGUUAGCAUCUACCAAGUCCUGCCCAAGUUAACAAACAGCCAGAGAGAGCUAUUGCUGCUGGAGCAGAGAGAGAUAUGGGCCAAUGAAGAUGGAUGGAUGGUUUUUGACCUAACAGCCUCCAGUAACCUGUGGCUACUCAAUCCUGAACACAACCUGGGACUUCACCUGGUCUUGGAGGACAGCCACGGCCACAGAAGAAGCCCGGGGCGGGCAGGGCUGGUGACUGGUGGUGGGUCCCAGGACAAACAGCCCUUCAUGGUUGCAUUCUUCAAAGCCAACGAAGUGCGCCUGCGAAAUGUCAGGUCAGCCCACAGGGGGCGCCACUCUCACCGCAACAAAGCACAGAGGACAGUCCAGGACGCUCUGAAGGCAGUGGAGGCCGCAACAGAAACACUUGGCUUCUCUAAAAAUGGAUGUCAGAAACAUGAGUUGUAUGUCAGCUUCCGAGAUCUGGGAUGGCAGGAUUGGAUCAUUGCUCCAGAGGGCUAUGCAGCAUAUUACUGUGAUGGGGAAUGCGCGUUCCCUCUCAACUCCUACAUGAAUGCUACAAAUCACGCUAUUGUACAAACUUUGGUACACUUCAUAAACCCUGGGACUGUACCCAAGCCUUGCUGUGCACCCACCCAACUGCACGGCAUCUCAGUGCUCUACUUUGACGACAGCUCAAAUGUCAUCCUCAAGAAGUAUCGCAACAUGGUGGUUCGGGCGUGUGGCUGCCACUGACCCCAGUAAAGAUUCAUUGCAAGACAUGAGCAAAGCGAAGAACUAGUUUUUAUCUAGCAGGUUUUAGUUUGAGGCCAGAGAAACACUGUUCUUUUCUCAUGAAUAUGUACAUUAAAAAGACUAAAGACUUCUAUAAAAAAAUGAUAAUCCAUGCACUAAAUGAUAAUGUGUGGGAAUAGAG